UUGGCCUCUACCUCUGCUUCUAUUUUCAAAAUUGUUCUGGAACACCUGUUCAGCUCAACACUCUUAACUACUCCAACUCCGGAGGAUCGGACGGAUCGCGACGCAGAUGGGCCCAAAUAAGAAGACCGCGGCGGCGGAUACUGGUCGUACGAUCUCGCGGGCCUUCGACGAUCUGGUUAAGGAAAACAUUGACGAUCUUGGAAUGGACCCCGCCGAGGCCCUCCAGGACGCCAUCCAAACCCUAACUCUCCAGGGCGUCGAUCUCUCCGGGAUCGUCACGAGCCUUCCAGGAGAGGGUGGCGUAAAGGAUAAUCCAGUUAUACAGAGCUUGGUUGCCUUGAAGCAGCUGGAUUCGGAUUUAAAGGAUGAAAUCAGCAAAAAGGGUUUGAACGACCUUUUGGAAUUUCUUGAUAAGCUUACAGAGCUGUGCGGUGACCAAGUAUCGGGGAAUGCGGCAAUAGCAACAAGGAAUGGUGGGGUGGAAUUGCUUUGUUCUAUUUGUUCAAAGAUUCGAAGUGGGUGCGAGCAGGUUCUCAUUUCGGCUUUGAGGGCAUUGGUAUCACUUCUUCAUGAUCUUCAAAGUACAGAAACAUUUCGCGCAAGUGGUGGACCGGCUACUGUGGUGGGUAUUCUUAAUGAUUACAGUCAAAAUCUAGACAUCUUGAGUAAUGGUUUCAUGGUUGUUUCUGCGGCCUCAACUGGUAAUGAAGUCAUCAAAGAGUCAUUCAUGGAGUUGAAAAUUGAUGAGCUUAUCAUGCGAAUACUGAGUGACCAACAUGGGCAGAGUAGAGGCAGCAUCCAGAGUAUAUAUGACGCUAUACGUGUUCUGUUAACACCAGAUGAUAACCGUGUUGUGGCUUCUCAAGUUUAUGGUUAUGCACGAGUUUUUGCGAAAAUUGGAGUUGCAAGAGCUCUAGUGGACUCACUACAUGCAGGGCUUAGCUCACCUGGUCUAGUUUCAGCAAGUGUCGCUUUAAAGGCUGUUGCUGUCAAUGAUGAAAUAUGUAAAUCCAUUGCAGAAAGUGGUGGCAUUGAUGCAGUUCUCCGAUGUAUUGAUGAUAGUGGUGAACAAGGCAACAAGAUUGUUGCUAGAGCUUGCUGUUCUCUGUUAUCCAAGUUGGCAGGAAGUGACACAAACAAGACUACCAUUGUUGAGAAGGGGGGUAUGGACAAGCUAAUACAACUCUCAGCCAGAUUUUCUGAUGACCCUGCUGUUUUGCAAGAGGUAAUGUCUUUGAUUUCUGUACUCUCCCUGAGAUCGCCAGAAAAUGCUGCCCGGGCCAUUGAAGCUGGGGCUGGGGACCUUGCUAUCCAAGCCAUGGAGAAGUUCCCCACCGCACAACAGAUGCAAAGAAACUCCUGCCUCAUGAUCCGGAAUCUUGUAGUUAGGAACCCAGAAAACAGAACUCUUCUUCUUAGUCAUGGUAUUGAGAAAUAUUUAAGGAGAGCUAAGCAAAGCCACGAAAGCUGUAAGGAUGCUGCAAGCGAUGCACUGAGGGACCUUGGGCUUGAUAAUUACUUGUAAGCCAUGGCUUUCAAACGAAGCUUUACAUACAACUUCCAUAGCGACGUGUGGCCAACAAUUUUGCUUGUCCUUUUCUUUGGGAUUUUUAUGUGUGACCCAAACGUUGUAUUCUGAUGACGUUUUGAUGUCACGAGCUUUUUACCAUGGUUCUUUAUGACAGAGGUACCUCAUGGGUAAAUGGGGGCCUGGCUUUUUUCCCUUCCCCGAGUAAAACAAAAGAGCAUUUGUCCAUUUUGUCAAAGACUGCAAAACUCUAUCAGGCUGAAGUGACUUAAAUGAGGAUAUUAGCAUUCAGUCAGUUUAAGUCAUGGCCAGGGAUUCGACUCCUUUUCCUUUACAGGUGUUACGAAAUGGGUUAAUUGCACUUUUCACCCAUCAAUUAUCAUAUAUUUUUAAGACUCAAGCACUGUAGUGAUGAUUGAAAUUCCAAGUUUUAUCAUA